UAUUUAUAUCAUAUAAUAUUAAUAUAACAAGUCAAAUAAAUAAACUUUUUCAAGUAAAUCGUGUAAUGAGUGCAACUUCAUUUGAGAAAGACAUUGCUUGUCUUGAUGAAAGAAUUAAGAAACUUCAUUGUUUAGUAUUUUCAAAUCGUUCAACACCAAGUUGUAAGAUAUUUGAAGUUGUUGAACAAGCAAAAUGCACUUUAAAGGAAGUUGAAACUCGGCAUCUAGUAGUAACACUACUCUGGAAAAAAUUGCCACAACUGCAAGACUUUUUAGAUACAGAAUUUAUCCAGAAGAUAAAACUUACUGAUGAAGUGAAAACAAGUUUAAUUCUUGCAAAUGAAGAAAAUAUUCGUAAUUUAUCAAAGAAUCUGGAAGAACUUAAAAAGCUUCAGAAUGUAGUUAAUCAUCCUUCUCUUAAAGAUAUUCCUAUUUAUUCAGAGAAACUUUUACCAUUAAUGCAAAUUCAAGUUGAUCAAGAGGCGGAGUUGAAAGAUUUUUGUGCAAGAUUAGAGCAACUGUUAGUCAGCUACAAUACAAUUAUAAAUACUCUGUCGAAACAAUUUAUUCUCUGGAAUAAUAUGGUUACACAGUGCGAAUAUGCAGUCGAUAGUAAUCGAGUUGCUAUCGAAUAAUGUUGUGUAAUGAACGUUUUAUAAAUUUGUUAUAAUGAUAAUUUGGUUAAAUUAUCAAAAUUUAUUUCAUAUUGUAUAUACGUUUUACUUUUUUCGUUUGUCAUUGAAAUUGUAAAUUUGUAAAUGUGUAGGAAUGUACGAGUUUACAUUGCAAAUCUACGAUACUUACUUAUACAAUGUGAGUAUGUAGCUUACGUUACAUACUUGUACAAUUUGUGUACAUAACUUAUACGUACGUAACGUUUACGUACUUAUACAAUGAGAGUAUGUAACUUACGAGUACGUGUAUAAUGCGAGUAUGUAACUUACGUUACGUACGUGUACAAUACGAAUAUGUAACUUACUUUACGUACGUGUUGGCAGGAUUAAAGUCUUUUUUUCAAAAAGCUUGACCUUAGUUAACUAAAUUGGAAGUUCGAAAAAAGCUAAAAACGUUUAGAAGGGAGCGAUAAUUUAUUAUGCGCUACCUAUAAAUAUCUAUUUAAUUUUGAGUAAAGAUAUUGUUAGUUACUAACAAUAUCUUUACUCAAAAUUAAAUAGAUAUUUAUAGGUAGUACAUAAUAAAUUAUGUACUAAUUUAUUUAUAGGUAGUACAUAAUAAAUUAUGUACUAAUAACAAAUUCUAAAUUUUUUGUCAUCUGAACACUUUUAGUUUCACUUUAUUUUAAUUUCAAACUUAGUUUACAUAGGACAUUUUUUUUAAAAAACAGACUUUUCAAUCCUGUCCUGAAUGUGAGUAUGUGAGAAUCAUUAAUUUUAUGAUUAUUCAUUUGUAAUUGGAUUUGAGGUUUUUUGUUAUUGGAAAGCCUCCUGUGAGUUCGAAUGGUAACAUUGUUAAAAAUUGUUAUGAGA